AUGAUGGACUUUCUUGCCCCCACCGAGAAGACGGAGUUCGCAGGCAAGAUUUCUGCUCAGGAAUCACAGAGGCUGAGAGAAUCCAUGGGAUUUCGCUUCAGAGAUAGCACAGGCUAUUACGUCCCGUCGUCCGUUAAACGACAGCACACGAAGACCGCCUACCGUAACUCUUAUCCUCCGAGCAAAGGUGAACGUGAGGCAUACGAUAACUACCAUGAACUUCCCGAGCCUCAAGCACGCCGCGCUAGUGGCGCAGGCCCGGCGGUCCACUUCGGCCGUCCCAGAGCCGUCAGUGACCCACUUCCUUUGAAGUCUAUACUGCGCAAGGAGCCGCAGCAGUUCGUCGGUCGUCGUCGCAGACCCCAGUCUUUACCUCCUAGCAGGCGCAUCCGCUGGGGACCUGACGAAUCCCACGCAUUCUUCAGACAGGAAGAGCCUCUGACGAUUGGGCAACGACUCAUCAUGAUGCGCCUUCACGAAACCGGCAUGCCAUGCAAGCCCGAACAUUCGUGUGCUUCGCCCAUCACCAUUCAAAAGACCGAGGCAGCGCAUCAAUGCCCAGAACCAGUUGCGCUCGCUCGUAAUGCUGAGCUUAACGUCAAACCCAUGCGUGCGGAGGUGCAAGGGACCAACGCUGCUGGUCAACUUCCGGGGCCAGUUCCCCUCAUUCGUAACGCCCAGUUCAACCUAGAGCACAUGCGUGAGGAGGAUAUCCUCCCAGAGCCAGUUCCCCUCAUCCGUAACGCUCGACUGAACGCUAAGCACACGCGUGAGGAGAUCCUCCCAGAGCCAGUUCCCCUCAAGCGUAACGCCCAGGUUCCCGCAAAGCUCAGGCGUCCGUCGGUUGUGGACGAUGAUUACUUCGGGGACUACGCAUCGUACCUUCAACCCAAGCGCCGUGUUAACAACGGCAACAACGCUGCAUACCGCGCCAUAAACACAAGGGACCCCGAGUUCCGUCAGUCUUCUCAGAUCCGCCCUGUGCCAGAGUUGCGCGUACCAGUACCUCGUUCAGAGGUUCGCCGUGACUCCCGCCCGACGGAACCGGUUCGCAUCCCUCAGCAGAAAGUUCGUCGUGGCUCUUGCCCGUGCCCCCGCCACCAGGUUGAUGAGGCAUCCCCUGCCUCGUCGUCUUCGAAGCACUCUUCGCUUGCAUCUGAAAAGACGCUUUAUGAACAUGAGCACGAAGUCGCUUGGGCACCGGCUCCCUCCGUUAUGCUCGCCAAGUCUCAGAGGCGCAGCCGUUCGAUGAGGGACAACGACCGUCCUGUGGUCUACAUCCCCGCGGAUGAGAGCCACCUGCACCGCUCAGACGCUCUCCACAGGAUGCCCACUCACCAGAAGGUUUUCCGUAACCUCGCAAAGAUGUUCGACUAGAACCAUAUUUCCCCUUCAAACCUUUGUUUUUCUCAUUCAUUUUCUUUUCUUUUCUACGAGCUCAUGGACUCUUUUGCACUCCUCCCCACUCAAUUACAAUAACCCGU